AUGUAUUUGAACAUCAUUUAAAUAAACACAAGCAACAAUCUUAAGAUAUUUCUGGUGACGUUCUGCAGCGAGUUGAAGUUCCUUUAUGAAUAAACACUUGAAACAUUUCUAAAAAAAAAACAGUUCCUCUCUGCAUAAAUAGUGGCUUCACAAACACAGAAGAGGAACACAACACAGUCCACUAUGAGAGAGAAACUAGUGUUAGAUUACUGACACUGAAACUGUCAGAAAGUGGACAAAAAUACAGAAAAGGGAAAAUGAAGAGAGAACAUGGGAAAAGCAUCAAUGAUAUCUGUGAAAAUGUCUUUGUUACAAAAGGAACAUCUGGAAAAAGGACCACAGACAGUCACACAACGAGAAUCCAGUCAUCUGAACUCACAGGAAGUGAUGGUGUGAUGAUCAGAAGGUCCAGAGCAGCUGCAGUAGUGUUUGUGCUGCUGUGUGUUCUUCUGCUGACUGCACGCAUUAUACUGUGUGCCACCUUCACUCAAGAGAGACAACAGCUGCUAACUACGAUCACCAACCUCACAGAAGAGAGAGACCAGCUACUUACUAAGAUCACCAACCUCACAGAAGAGAGAGACCAGCUGAAAUCAGAAAGAAAUGAUCUUCAGAAGAAGUUUGCGGAUGGAUGGAGGUGCCAUCAAUCCAGUCUUUACUUCUUUUCCUCUGAGAGGAAGAACUGGAAUGAGAGCAGAAGAUACUGUAGAGAGAGAGGAGCAGAUCUGAUCAUCAUCAACAACAGAGAGGAACAAGAUUUUGUGAAGAAUAUUUGUGGUUCUGAUCAUUUCUGGAUUGGUUUGACUGAUAUUGAAGUGGAGGGCAGAUGGAAAUGGGUUGAUGGCAGCACACUGACCUCUGGCUUCUGGGCGUCUGGAGAACCAAACAAUCAGGGAAACGAAGACUGUGCUAAUACUCAUUCAUCAGGAUGCUUUGAUACUCCAUGUGAUAAUAGUGUUAAAUGGAUCUGUGAGAAGAGUAUCCUUAAAUGAUAAAUUAUAAUAAAAAUUUACAUAUAUGCAUUAUGAACAUAUAAAUGUCAGUCAUUUUACCUUUUUUUUUUUUGUUGUUGUUGUUAGUUUUUGAAUGUCACAUUAAUUAGGUUAUUCUGUAAAAACAAAUAAAAAAUAAAUAGAAAAAAAACAUUGUAAUAUAAAAAUUUCCAUAUAAAACUUUAAAAUCAUUUUGUUUUUAAAUUUUAGAUAGAUUUUUAGAGAGAGCGAGAGCUUUGUGAAUAUCUGUGUCAUGAUUCAAUCUGAUCUGUUUUUCUUGUCCGUCUUUGGAUUUUUCUAGUCUGGAUUUAUGUUUGUCUUGUUUCUUUGAAUAAAUGUUGGUGACUGCACUUGGAUUCUCUCUUUUUCUGAAGCAGCUGCGUUACAAUAUAUCUGUUUAACAUCAAGUCUUGUGUUUAGUCAUUUUGCAAUUCAGGUUUAUUUGAAUUGCACUUAGAUUAGAUUAUUCAGUAAUAAAAACAAACUAUGGUAAUAUUUCAACUAUUUAAAAUCACUUUGUUUUGAAUGUUCAGUCAAAAUUAUUCAUAUUUUAGUUUUGAUCUUCAGAUCUGAAUGUGAAAAACAACAGUGAUGUUUCUACUAACUGAAAUAAUAUCAGUAAUAAACUGAAAUAAUAGAAAUGUUCACAUGAACAGCAUUGAUCCAAAAUGAUCAUGAUUUUAGUUUUAUUAUUCAGGACAUCAGUAAAGUUUAUUUUGAACUGUGUGUCUUUGUAAUUUAUUGCAGCUUUUUGUAACAACUACAGUAUGACAA